CAAUUUUUUAACCUAUGGUUUUAACCUUAGUUUAAGACAGUUCACAAAAUUUAAAAGUUUUGUACUCGUAUAUUGUAAAUUAAUAAGGAAAUUUUCCGAAAAUAACAAAUUUGACGUUAGUGCAUUACGUAAUAAGUUCCAAUUAGUUCAAUAAUUUUAUACCCUGCUUAUACUUCCCAGUAACUUGUGUUUUAUAUAUGACCUUUAAAGAUCACUUAGGUCAAUUUUAAAAAGAUCAAGAAUUAAUAUUCCUUUCCCCACAUUAAGUUUAAUAAAAAAGUUAAAAAUAUUAGUUUUGAAAAUGGCUCAGACAGAAGCAAAGAAAAUGCCUAAUUAUAUAAAAUUUGUAUUUGGAGGAGCUGCGGGAAUGGGGGCUACAUUAUUUGUACAGCCCUUAGACUUAGUUAAAAAUCGCAUGCAACUUCAGAAAUCUAAAGAAAAAGUAAGUUCCUUUAAAGUAAUGACAAACGUUAUCAAGAAUGAAGGCAUAUUUGCGCUUUAUGGUGGUCUUUCUGCUGGACUUAUGAGACAGGCAACUUAUACUACAACUCGUUUAGGAGUGUACACUUGGCUCUUUGACAUAGCUUCACAAGGGGAUAAACCACCAAAUUUUUUCAUAAAAGCUGCAUUGGGAAUGGCUGCUGGUUGUGUAGGGGCUUUUGUAGGGACACCGGCAGAAGUAGCUUUAAUCCGAAUGACAGGAGAUGGUAGACUUCCUCCAGCAGAACGAAGAAACUACAAAAAUGUAUUUGACGCCCUAAUAAGGAUAAUACGAGAAGAAGGAAUAGCUGCAUGCUGGCGUGGAGCUAUUCCAACUAUGGGCAGAGCAAUGGUAGUAAAUGCAGCCCAAUUGGCAACAUAUUCUCAAGCCAAACAACUACUAUUAUCAACUGGAUAUUUUAAAGAUAAUAUUAACUGUCACUUUUGGGCUUCAAUGAUUUCUGGUUUGGUAACAACCAUUGCUUCUAUGCCAGUAGACAUUGCAAAAACAAGGAUCCAAAACAUGAAAAUGAUCGACGGAGUCCCUGAAUAUAAAGGAUCUGUGGAUGUGUUGACUAAAGUGAUAAAAAGAGAGGGAUUGUUCGCCUUAUGGAAAGGAUUUACACCUUAUUACUUCCGAUUGGGACCCCAUACAGUUUUAACAUUUAUCUUCCUAGAACAAAUGAACGCAGCAUAUAACAAAUAUGUGUUAGGUGUUACAGGGCGCAGCUCUAUCUAAUUUUUAUCUUUAUAUUGGAUAAGCAGCUGAACCUAUUCGUGAUUUAGCACAAUAAUAAUUAAGCUAUAACAUGUGUAUCUGUAUACAGUUGUAAGAUUAAGUCCCAAUCUUUAUGCAUAGUGCUCAGGUGAAAAGUUUCUGCUUUUAUUUUAUUAAGUUGCAUUUACUUAAAUAUUUUUUUUUUAUCUUUAAAUAGCGAAAACUAUUUUUUUACUUGCAUAAGGAUAAAGUGCAUUAAAGCUAAAUUUUAUUUACUUAUUCCUUAUUACAUAGCUUUUUUUCAUUAUCACACAAUUUCCGUAUUUUAUUAUCGUGUACAUACUUAUCUACUUAUAAAUCUUAUAUUUAUUGUAUAUAAUGUACUGCUUUAUUAUCGCAUCUUUUUCGGUAUUUUUGAUUUUUCUAAAAAUAACAAUCUGUUCUUAAUAACGAACUUUUUAUCGAUUGUAAAUUAGCUGUGAUAAGAGAAGUUAAGGUUUGGACUUAAAUCUAUUGGUUGAAUAACGGCUAUCAAAAUGUAAUUGCGAUGACAAAGACAUGUUUAUUGUAUAUCUACAAGUAUGUAAAGUAAUGUAAUAUUCAUUAAAUAUAAAUGAAAAAAAAACUUGUAC